CAUAAACAAUAAUAUAAAUUCCUUCGCGUUCGCACAAUAAUUUGCAAAAAGUAUUCGAAUUUCGUCAGCAAAUUUCAAAUAUUGAUAGUUUAUUUAAUUUUCGUGAUUCGGCUCAACAUGCUACUUCGAAACAUUGAGUUAGAAAAGACAGCCUGUAUGCUGGUCAACUGGUACGAGCAGUUUGAGAAGAAUACCAUCAAAGCCCAAAUCAUUCCGAUUCCGGUCGAUGUCCUGAAGUAUCUCAGACAGGACAUGGUAAUUCUGCCAAAGGAGUGCGCUAAUCUACCUUCACCGGAAAUAGCCAGAACAAAGCAUUUCAAUUCGUACAACGACCAGUUCAGCGAUGAUGAAGAAGAUGGUGAUGCACUGCCAGAGUUCCCGGUGUUUAGUGGGAAAAUAACGGAGGCUAUCGAAAAAUUAGGCGGUUCGGCUUUUUUGAAGAGCGAUUGGCACUGCCCAAAAGAUGCCCAAUGGAUUACGUUGGGACAGACACUUUGCGUUAAAGAUAUUACCGAUGUGUACCAGCUGUUAAAAGCGUCUAGCUUUUGUAAGGAAGAUUUCGCUGAAAGACCACCCAGUAUGAGUGGGUAUCAUGUUGUAUUGAAAAAGUGGCGUGAUAUUCACCCGGGAUCGGAGUUUAGAUGCUUCGUUAAAAACAAAUCAUUGAUGGCCAUUUCACCAAGGCAUUGGCCAUCGUACCAUGAACAUAUUGCGGCAGAACGAAGCGAUAUCGUUUGUGACAUUGUUUCACUGUUCAAGGAAAAAAUUAAACAUCGGUUCCCCUUGAACGACUAUGUAUUUGACGUAUAUCGUCCCGCCAAAGACCACGUGGUUAUCAUGGAUUUUUCACCUUACGGGAAAGGUCAUUCGGAGAGUUUGGCGUUUGAUUAUGACCAGCUGGAUGCCGACGCCCUGGCAGCUACAAUCGAGGAAGAAGACGAUCCAGAAUUCCGCUAUUUACCCGAGGAUUGUGGAAUUCAGCCUAAUAGAAGGAAUAAUUACGGUUUUCCGCAGGAUGUUAUUGAUAUGUUCCAAACUGCGAAUGGAGCUUCGACAUCUUCCACUGGAAGCGGUGAAGAGGAAAAUGAUUUGAUCCACCGGUUGAUAGAUGAGUGGCAUUUACAAACAAAAGACGAUGGAAGUAAUGAUGAUGAGUAGAGUGUAAGUUGAAGAAAUAUCAAAUAAACUAUAAAAAUACGAUUAAAAAUAAAAAUAA